AUGGCUAUUGGAAAAUCUCGUGCUAGCAAGAGACCUGCCAGUGGUUCUUGCUCAUCAGCAGCAACACUAAUGGUGUUCAUUUUUGUAAGCGUUUUUGGUAUAUGGAUGUUGACCUCUAGCUCUUUUAUCUCACCCCGGAAAAAGAAGGCAAGUUUAUCAACUGAUCAUUCUAUCUUUGAUAAGGAAGAUUUACCAAGAAAGAUCCCUAUUACCACUACUGUUUUUGACGAUAAUCCAGGUGAAUUACCAGGCGACGCCAUAAAAACAGAUGAUGAUUUGGAAAUGGAUCAAAGAUCCAUACAUGACCAGGACGAAAAAACAAGUGUAUGGAUGGAACCUAAACACGGAAAUGAAAUCAGUAAAGAGAAGAAAGAUGUUGUGGAAGAAAAAAUGACUGGUAAAAAUGAGCAAAAACAGAAAGCUAAUAGUACACGAAUGUUAGAGCCAGACACGAUUCCUCUGAAACGACAUAAUGAGAAAAUGAUAACAGCCAACAUAAGUACCGAAAAUGAAGAUGGUCAUCAUAGGAUAAAACACGAACAUAAACAACCUGAUACCACUAAAAGUGAUGACGAUAAAGGGAAUGAAGAUAACGACCACACAGUAGAUGAUCAUGAAGUAACAUCUUCCAAGAUGUUAAAUGAUUCUAUGGAUCAAAAGAAUGGAUGGAAAACUCAAGCUGAUCAAUCAAAAAACCAAAAUGAAGGCAAACAAUCAAAAGACGAUGCUAUAAUGUACAAAUGGGAGUUAUGCAAUGUAACCGCUGGCACGGACUAUAUUCCUUGUUUAGAUAACGAGAAAGCUAUUAAUAGCUUGCACAGUAGGAACCAUUUUGAGCAUCGAGAGAGACAUUGUCCCAAAGAAGGUCCAACGUGUCUUGUUCCUCUCCCAGAGGGUUACAAGAUGCCUAUUCCAUGGCCCGGAAGCAGAAAUAAGAUAUGGUUCCAUAAUGUGCCACACAAAGCCUUGGUGAAAGUAAAAGGGCACCAAAAUUGGGUGAAAGCGACAGGGGAGUUCCUAACUUUCCCUGGAGGUGGAACUCAGUUCAUCCAUGGUGCUCUGCAUUAUAUCAACUUUAUACAGCAGAUGGUCCCCCAAAUAGCAUGGGGAAAGCAUACUAGAGUGAUAUUGGAUGUGGGUUGCGGAGUAGCAAGUUUUGGAGGUUACUUGUUUGAUAAAAAUGUACUUACACUGUCAUUUGCACCAAAAGAUGAACACGAAGCUCAAAUCCAGUUUGCUCUUGAAAGAGGAAUACCCGCGAUUUCUGCUGUUAUGGGGACUCAACGCCUUCCAUUUCCAAGCGGUGUUUUUGAUCUUGUCCAUUGUGCUCGUUGUAGAGUACCAUGGCACAAAGAAGGGGGUAGGCUUCUUAUGGAACUCAAUCGAGUGCUUCGUCCAGGAGGUUAUUUUGUUUGGUCUGCAACUCCUGUUUAUCGAAAAGGCAAAGAGGAUGUCCAAAUAUGGAAAGAGAUGUCUGCCCUAACUGUAGCAAUGUGCUGGAAACUUAUCACAAUCAAGAGGGAUAACUUGAAUAUAAUAGGUGUUGCUAUAUACCAGAAACCAGAUUCAAAUGAAUGCUAUAAUGAUAGAAAAAACCAAGAACCUCCAAUGUGUAAACCAGAAGAUGACCCGGAUGCUGCAUGGUAUGUACCUUUGAAGACAUGUAUGCAUAAGGUGCCGAUUAUGGAGACAGAGAGAGGUUCACAAUGGCCUAAGGAAUGGCCUGCUCGGGUUCAAAUGCCACCAUACUGGUUAAAGAAAAACCCAAAAGGGAUUUAUGGAAAACCAACACCCAAAGAUAUUGAAACCGAUUAUGAACAUUGGAAACGGGUUGUUGGUAAGACAUAUAUGAGUGGCUUAGAAAUUGACUGGUCUAACGUACGAAAUGUUAUGGACAUGAGAGCAGUCUAUGGGGGGUUUGCUGCAGCCUUAAAGGAUCCGAAACUAUGGGUGAUGAAUGUUAUAAACAUAGAUUCUCCUGAUACACUUCCAAUAAUUUACGAAAGGGGUCUGUUUGGAAUUUAUCAUGACUGGUGUGAAUCUUUUAGUACUUAUCCUCGAACAUACGAUCUUCUACAUGCUGAUCAUUUGUUUUCCAAGUUAAAAAAGAGAUGCAAGAUCACACCUGUGAUCGCAGAGGUUGAUAGAAUAGUAAGGCCAGGUGGCAAACUGAUUAUUCGAGAUAAAUCCAGCACGAUAGAGGAGAUCGAGAACUUGUUGAAAUCGCUGCACUGGGACAUUCGUUUAAGUUAUUCUAAGAAAGAAGAAAGAAUAUUUAGCGCGCAGAAAUCAACUUGGCGACCAAAGUCUUACACAAUCCCCUCUUGAUCUUGAUCAAACUUAGAGUAGAUAUAAAGAUUAAUUAGAAUCUUAAUUAUAUCUCUCAUAGUUGAUCACACU